CAUGACGAACGCUGAAUGAGGGCUCCCUUCAUUUCACAGGGCUGAAAACCUUUGAAGACAUCGUCGAGAGGAGGUUGCUCAGAUGCUCACAGAUGCCCCUCGGUUGUCCUUAUGAAAUGCUUGAGCCGUCCGUUCCUUUCUGGAGCAAAGGACCUGGUGGUGCAGCAAAGCUUGCAGAUUGAGCGAGCAAGUUGCCAAAGAUGGAUGACGAGCUUUUCACAAGGCCUUGGAGGAGCAAGGACGAUGCCCGUGUUGGCUUAGGAUUGGUGGAGAAGAUAGUGACAAGUGAAUGCAGCAAUGGACUGCCACUCGCACAGUACCUCGCCCAGCUGAGGAGCGUCGAGCGGUCCCCAUGCACUACAGUGUGGAGAGCAGGCAGCUUUGCCUACAGGUGCCGAGACUGCCAAGUGACAGACUCCAGCGCGAUAUGCGUGGAGUGCUUCAAGGCUGGCCCCCACGUCAAGCAUGACUACAUCAUGUACCGCAGCGCCGCAGGCGGGUGUUGCGAUUGUGGAGAUCCUGUGUCACUCAAAGAGGAAGGGUUCUGCUCCCUCCAUGCUCACCGCGAGCAAGCCGCCGAAGUGCUUCCAGAACGGACCCUUGCGGUCUUCCAGAAGCUUGUGUCCCUGCUCUUGGCCCGGCUGGUGGGGAUGGUCAGCCUGCUGGAACUGGGGAUCACCACUGUCUCAGAAGGCACUGAGCUCGUGCUGAAAUGGCUGCAGCAGAUCUGUAGCGUUCCGGCACUCCGCGAGGUCGUCUGCCGGGAAAUGGCUGGGGGUUCCGCAGAAGGGAGUUUGGAGCCUCAGCCUGGGCCCCUCGCUCCUCUCAGCGUCCUACUCAAGAACUUCGUCAUCGUUCCCAGCGUGGCAGAGGAGGAGACGACGCUAUUUCUGCUGAUGCUGUACAACCACCAGUUCAAGAAGUCCUUCUCGCGGGUGCUCUUGCGCAACUACGCUGAUUGGGUGCUCAACAACGUCCACAACGAGGACGCCUUCAAGCUGCUUGAUUCGUGCCUCGACAGAGUGAUGGUUCAGUUGAUCAACGUGGAGAGCAUUACGCUGGAUCUGAUCAAGCAGGAGCGUCUUCUCGACUGCUUUCUCCACGUCCUUCGCGAUUUGCUCAAAAAGGCUAUGGACCCAGACACGAACAUGAUCAACUGCAAUCAUGAUGUCAUCGCAAACAGGCUGUACACGCGGCCACUCAGCGACCUGCGGCUGAUCGUGUCGCACCACGAGGUGGGCCUCUACAUCCUCGUGCAGCGCAGCGACCUGCUCCACGGCUACCUCGCUCUGCUGGAGACGCUCCAGAACAUGCAUCCCAUUCACCACCUUGCUUUUCGUGAUCUGGACGAGGACAUUGGCUGGAUGCACGCGGUAGCAAUGGAGACGUACAUGACCAGCCUUAUGACCCAGCUUCUGACGGGGUGCGACCCUUCCCAAGAGUCGCCUGGCUUCGCCGGAGCCUCACGCCGCUUACUGUUCCCUGCGCUGCAUAGCGCGGCUACCGUCAUGCACGCCAUGCUGGCGAGGUUCUAUAUCAGUGACUACCUGUCUUCAGCUCCCAACUCCCGGCUCGGCUUCUCGGGCGUCUGCAUGUCCCUGCACCUCCCCCUGCACCGCGCCUUCGGCAUGGUCCUCGCCAAGCUCCUGCACUUUGCCACGUCAGCAGGCGUGGCUGACCAGUUUGAGGCACGUGCAUGCUUGCAAACCCUGGCGAGUCAAGUGGAGUCGCAGAGGAAGCUGGCGGAGCCGCCAGGUGUGGCAGGCAAGCACUGGGCAGCGAGCCAGGCUGGCCAGUUGAUGGAGUACCCUCUCCGUAUCCUGUUCUGGAUGGCUGAGAUUCGGGGCCGCCAGUGGCGCAACCAGGGCGAGGAUCUGGCACGGCUGGAGCGGGUCUACCAAAGCGCCUACUGGAAUGAGCAGACGAUGGACAUGGACGUGCUCGUGGUCCAAUUCAGCAUUGCGACUGGGGGCGAGGACUCCGAUGAGCUGCUUCUUCAAAUCUUGGAGCGCUACAAGGUGGCGGACCUGCUAACGAAGGACGGCAGGCCCUGUUCCGACCCCUCUAGCUCCGACCCCCAGAUACGGAGCGCCACCCUCGCCCGCAUGCUCGAAGUGCUGCGGCUGAUCCUACAGCUUGUGAGAGAAAGGAGAUACAUUGCAAUGUCAGAGAUCGAGCUGGUGCGCUACGAGGUCAUCCAGUGGUUGUGCUGCAAGGACAUGACAUACAGCACGCUGAGCAACUUCCUGCCUCAGGCUCUGUCCAGCCACGCACGGCUGGAAGAGGUCCUCCGCAGUGUGGCCACCUACGUGGUGCCCAAGCUUCAAGAGCGCGGCUUCUACCGGUUGAAGCCCGAGUGCUGGCGGGAGUUCGACGUGCUCUUUGCGCACUACACCAAGGGCGACCUAGAAGAGGCGCUGUCACGUGCAGUAGACAUUGGCAAACUUGGUUCCUACUGGCGCCUGCCGCCGCUAGAAGCAGCACAACCCCCAUUCGAUACCCUCUGCAACAUUCUUCAUAGUCAGGUGUUCCAUCGGUUCCUCUACGUGGCCCUGGACCAGUCGCUGCAGCUUCUGGAAAGCGAGACCAACUCCACGGUCGGGAAAUCCCUUGGCGUGGUGGUUUCUCAGCUCAUCACGACCGCGGCCCUUGAUGACCGGCAAGGACCAGGCAACCGACGGUAUCGAUCGUGCACUCCCCACGAGCCUUCCACCUUUUGGCCUUUCCUCAACUUCGCGUUGAAUGACAUUGCCGUCAACAUACGCCGAGGGGCAGGCGGGACUAGCGACGGAUGGAGCAUGCUGGAUCUGUUCAGGCGCAUUCGGCAGGCGACCAACUCAAACCGCCUGCUGGAUUCCGUACAGUACGUGUUCGAGACGACGAAAGCGCUCACUGUGGACAUCGGCAAAACCGAAGCUCCGCUGGCGACUGCAGAGGCGAGCACUUCCUCUCCAGACGCCGAGUCGCAGCGCCAGCUGAAGAAGCAACGGCAGGCAGCUAUUCUAGCGGACUUCGCCGCAAGGCAGAAGGCCUUCCUGAGCGAGUCGCGAACGGCUUCGGAAGCGGGGCCUUCGGGAACGGAAGCUACUUUCGGUGCGGCGCAACAGGAUAACGCCGUCCGCGUUGGAGAAACCGUCCACCAAGAACCGGGGCCAUCGGGGCGCGUCCACGAGCGUGUGCACAGAGAGUGUGCUUUCUGUCUUGGCGACCAAGAGAUGAACCCUAGCCCCAUGGGCUGGAUUGCCUUCAUCCAAAUGAGCAACAUACCCGCCAAAGCCAGUCAGCAGCUGCAGAGAGUCGAGACUCUGGAGCAAGCCGAGGAGCAGGCGACUUGCGAAAGAGACGGGGAAGGGGCGGAGCGGAUACUCUGUUCGGUGCUGGCUCAAGAAGGCACGGUCGAUGGGACACGUGGCGAGGAUUUGUACGCUACUGGGGAGCACGUGGGCUGCUGCGGUCAUCAAAUGCACAUGGAAUGCUUCCAGCGCUAUGUGAAGGCGCUCGGGGACAGUCGAGACAGCGGCAGGGUUUAUGAAGGUUAUGGCAUCAUCAACCUGGCUCGCGUCGAGUACCUGUGCCCCAUUUGCCGCCGCCUCUCCAACUUUCUGCUGCCCGACGUGGAAACCGAGCCCCCGGUUGUUCGGACCGUUGAAUCGGACGCACCGUCCGAGCAACUUCCAGCGUCCAAUUUCCCUGGGCUUCUAGCGGGACUGUCCCAAAGUGCAGACCCUGCCCUGCACCAGUUCUGGAACGCAAAGUUCCGGCAGUACGAAAACUGGUGUCAACUGUUUGUGGGGCAGUGCCGCAUCCUGCGUAUGGACAGCCAACCGGACGUCCCUGCGCCGGACUUGGCCAGCCCUCCGUUCGUAUGGCGGGAGCUGUGGUCCAUUCUGGCCGCCAACGUCGUCCACUGCGAGGUCGAGACACGUGGCAGUUCUGGGGCUGCGCCACGUGGCACCUCCUCAGACCAGGUAGAAGGCGAGCUCUUGGAGCUGUGGGGGGGCGCGAGCGCGCACUGGCGGGCGCUGCGCGCGCUGGCCAAGCUAGCGGUCCUCUCCACCACUUUCGACGAGGAACCCCUUAUGCAAAGGGAAAUGGGUAUACUAGACUGGCAGGCGGCGCUUGGGGCUGGCCCUGUCUGUGGCGGUGGGCUUAAUCCGAAGGGUCGGAAUGGGGAUGACGCAACAGGUCCGAUGGGGGUGCCAGAUAACGGUCAAAGUGACAGCCUCGGGGAAAGGGUCGCGGCGGCAAGUGGGGUCAGCUCGACAGCGAACGCAGCCCCAGAGUUUGGUGCCCAGUUCAGGGGUAGGCUGGGAAGUGAACCUAGCGCGAAGGAAGCGUCAGGUCCUCUCGAUCGGAAAGGCAAAGAUGCUGCGCUUUCGGAUGGCGAAGCGGCAGUUCGUGCUGGAGCAAACGGCCCCCAAAAAGUAGACAAACAACCACUCGAAGAAAGGGAUGUAACGGGGGAUCCCUCUCCCGCGGCUAUGGAUGCGACCUCGGGGGCACCAGAUGAGGGGACGGAAGAAGAGGAUGCGUCGGACGAGUCGCCGCUGGAACAGGACCCGUUCUGGAUCCUGGUGUUCCUCUUUCAGACCCACGUGGGCUUCCCCUCUCACACCGGCGCCCUCGCGAUGGUCAACGUCGCAUAUCACGCGGCCGCAGCGCAAGCAUUCCUCGCAGCCGCCGCGCUUCGGCGGUCCGAUGCGGACGAACCCGCUCCCGUGGACCUAGCUCUGAUGGCCGUCGUGCAAGCCGCGCUGGUGCCUUUUCUCAGGAGAGCGGCAAUACUGGUGCAUGUCGUCAGCGGACGCCUGCCGCCAGUCUCUGGGCCGGGCGCUUUGGACGGUGACCUUAUGAGCUACCAGUACUGGGAGCGCUACUUGGGCCUGCCUCCCGUUCCAUCUGUCCUUCAAGCCAUGGGGAUCGCUCCACCUUCGAAACAAGUAAUGCCGCCAACAGCGCCGGUCGUGCCACGUCACCUCCUCCUCUCAGGCCGUGCGCAGCUCAAGCUCGUCGACUUGCCGGACGUCUUCCAGGAGCUGCUUCUGGCCGAGAUGAACCGCAAAUGUGGACGAUGCGGGACGGUGCCAAGGGAGCCGGCGCUGUGUUUGCUGUGCGGCACGCUGGUGUGCUGCAAGAGCCAGUGCUGCCACGUGGAGGGCCGAGGGGAGUGCUCCCGACACGCGGCUGAGUGUGGGAUGGGCAUCGGUAUCUUUCUGCUGCUCCGGUCGACCCAGAUGCUGAUCCUGAGGGGCGACCGCGCCUGCAUGGCGCCGUCCAUCUAUCUAGACGUCCACGGCGAGGAGGACGCUUUCUUGAAGCGGGGCAGGCCGUUACGGCUCAGCCGCCUCAGAUACGACGAGAUUGAACGCAUGUGGCUGACGGCGGGGCUCGACCAGAACUCCCAGCUGCUUCACUCGUCUCACCUUGGCAGUGAAUCUUUGUAAUGUAUAGGCAGGCAGCCAAGCUUCGAAGCUGUGGUCACGAUGACACAUGGCUGUGCAGAAGCUCAAAUGCAGCUAAUCGAAAAACUGUUCAGAGCUGGGUAGUAAGUUGGCGUGAUCGAAGUUGUGAGGCGCCUAUUGACGGGCAGAACGACGAGAAGGUAUCUUGGCAUGAGAUGGACGGCUUUGAAGCAAGAUGGAGCGAACAAUUGUACAUAUUCAAGAGUGCGGGCCUGUUUUGAAAACUUUGCUCGAAACGCUAGAUGCAUCCGAUUGACGGUCGGAAGCUGGGAAUCUGCGGGUCACCGGCCUGCUCUUUCGAUUUCGAAGCUUGGUUUGGACGUUCAGAACUAAUUUGUGCACAGC